AUGAGUGCGGUGGAGGCGGCCGAGGCGGCGGACGAGGUGAGCGGCGCCGCUCUCUUCCGUGCUGGCCUCCUCGCUGCGUUUGGAGGCGCCGUCCGGCGCGGCUGGACCGGCGUUGGGAGAGGCAGCAAGGAGGGCGGCUCUCGCGCCGCGAGCCCACGGCCGCAGGCGCCGCAGGCACCGCACGAUGGGCUCCUGUCCGUCGCCACUCAGGCCCGCCCCGCCCGCCCAGCCGCUGAUUCGUCCGAUUCAUUCGUUAUGAACUUGAUCACUCAGCAGGCCCACCCCGCCGGAGAGCCCGCGCGCUGGCUGCACCCGCUCGGCCGCGAGGCGCUGGCGGAGGCGUCGGCGGCGCUGCCGAGCGAGGCGGUGUUCGGUUUGGACCACUUUGGCGUCGCGGCGCCGUCGCUGCUGGCGGACCGCGCCGCGCGCGACCUCUUCUGGCAGUCUCACCUCCGCUGGCUCGCGCAGCUCGACGUUUGGCACGCGUGCCUGUGA